AUGUCACGUGCAGUGCCCCUUCCUGGCAUCACCUUCGCCGGAACCUCGUACGCGCGCGACGAGGCUGUCUUCGAGCCACUGCCGAGGGGUGACGCGCGGUGCCUGCGGCACCGUGAGGUGGAGCGAUUCCGCGGCGCCCCUCGCGCUCUGGAGCAGCCGCGGUGGAACGCGUCCGUGCUGGACGAGGCGCACCCAUUCCCCCAGCGGCCCAUCAUGCACGCGCUGCAGCGCUACGAGGGUGUGGACGUCAUCGAUACCGCAUUUCCCGACUCAGUACGCGGCACAACGCAUCUGCGCACAAGGGUGCGCUCGCCGCUCUGGACGAUGAACACGUCGGGGGGAAGCACACGAAAGCAGCCAGCUGAUGCCAUCAACCGAACCAUUUCGCCAAAGCGAAAUUUUCUCGCACGCGUCAUCGCGGACGAAUGCUCAGAUGACAAAAGAUCAAUUCGGCAAGGGUGGUGCACCUCCACCUUGACGUGGAAUUGCGCGGGAUAUAUCGGAAGCUUGGAGGAGACUCAGAAAAGUUAUGUAAGCCUAAACAAAAAUAAGACGGGCGUGUUGAACAAGGACAUGUAUAUCUCCCCGAUCCGUAGGGUGGCACGCAUGAAUGAGAGCAUUCGAGAUGCGAAACGAAGUGAGAGGGAACAGAAGGAGCAGGCGGCACGAACGCAGACUAAUACUCGCGGUGCACCUGAGGUUUUCAAGAUGAGCAACAUUGACGAGUGGUGGCUUUUAGAUCCCACACUUACGGCCACGAUAGCGGAAGAGACAGCUGCUGUAACUGCAGAAGAUGCCAAUGUACAAGAAGAGUUAAUGGCUUGA